AUGAGAGGUGCUCUCUCCUCUCUCUUCCUAUUUUGUGCGUUCGUCGGUCGCCUCCUAGGUAUAAUCCUCACCGGAUUUCUAGAGGCAAGCUUAGCAAAUAAUGGAUGGGAGGCCAAGCUCAAGAACUCGAGGGCGAGAGACGAUGCCCAAAAACCGAGUGGAGGUGCGGCGAGGUUCGGCCGCGCCGUAAGAUGGGGUGUUCUGGAUCUACGAAGUUGCCGACACCCCAAGUCUAAGAACAACAUGAUGCUGACCGCUUUUUGGCUGGCCUCUUCGUUGAUGCGUAAACGGAAGCGGGUGGUAAUCCCAGGGAUAAUCCCAGGGAUCACGAGUGGAGAUCAGUUUUAG